UCUCUGACUCCAACCUGGCAACCACAAAGCCUAUCUGGAGGAAAAUAUUGGCCGCAGCAGCAGGCAGACUUCUUGGCAUUAGAGACGGCUGGCUGCUGUGGGAACCGCAGUAAGGUCUUUCUAGAAGCUACCGUCCGCUUUGCUUCCAACACCAGGUUGAAUCAGCUUGGCUUCUGAAAGAAGGGAAAACUGCCUUUGCCUAAAUGGUGACAGUCUGGAUGUGAACCUUGUUCUUCCACUUCGCCUGCCAGUUGGAAACCUUGUUAGGGAUCUACUGUACCAAGAGCUACUGCAACUCAGAGUUAACCCAGUCGGAAACCUUUUUAACACUACAAUAAAUAUAUUCAAAGGAUUCAAUUUCGUUUUAUAACAAAGUCUUUCUGGGAUUCUUCUGUAUGACAACGAUGGCAAAGAAAAACAGUCAGAAGGAUACAUCUGGUGUGGUGUUUGAUACUCGCUCAAAAAUGGUCAUGUCCCAGGGAGGAACGGCAGAGAGGAUGAAGGAGAAGAUCAGUGCAGUCAGGGCCGUCGUCCCCAACAAAAGCAACAACGAGAUCGUGCUGGUGCUGCAGCACUUUGAGAACUGUGUUGAUAAGGCUGUGCAGGCUUUCCUGGAAGGGAGUGCAGCUGAGAUCCUGAAAGAGUGGAAUGUGACCGGCAAAAAGAAGCCCAAGAAGAAAAAGAAGCCGAAGCUUCAGCCUGAGGUCUCAGCAGAGGUGGCCCAGCCUGAGACCACAUCGCCAGAGGAGAGCAAGGAUGAGAUGAACGGCUUUCAUGCCAACGGUUCUGCAAUGGACGGGGAGUCUUUGGAUUCGCUGAGCGAGCAGCUGGACUCUGCUUCCCUGGAUGCAGCUGAGCUGGACUCUGAACCCGCUACAUCUGAAACACCCGGUGCAGAGGCAGAAAGUAAUGUCAGCGCCCCAAGUCCUGCUUCCCAACAAGGAGGGAGAAAUCAUCACCAGGUUUCCAGAGGCAACAAGUCACGGCACAGGAUGGGCUCAAAUCUACAUCCCUCCUUGUCUUCAUUAGCAACCACCUCUGAAGAGCAGGGAUCAUCAGGAGGGAAGAAGAUGGCUCCCAACAUUGAUCGCUCAGUGAAAGACCUGCAGAGAUGUACCGUCUCCUUGACCCGCUACAGGAUGGUGGUCAAGGAGGAGAUGGACUCCUCCAUCAAGAGGAUGAAACAGACAUUUUCUGAACUUCAGAGCUGCUUAAUGGACAGAGAAGUUACUCUACUGGGAGAGAUGGACAAAGUGAAAGCUGAGGCCAUAAUGAUUCUGGACGCUCGGCAGAAGAGAGCGGAGGAGCUCAAACGGCUAACGGACCGGUCUGCUUCCAUGUCUGAGGAGCAGCUGACUGAGCUACGUGCAGACAUCAAGCACUUUGUGAGUGAACGUAAAUACGACGAGGAUCUUGGGAAAGCUUUAAGAUUUACGUUUGAUCUUGAACCGCUGAAGACAAGCAUCUCUGGGUUUGGAUCAGUGUACCAUCCACGUACGAGCUACUCAGACCGGUCCCGUUGUAGCUCCACAUCCUCCUCCGUUGCCAGCCCAGUCCAAACGGAGACCCCUCCUCCAGCCCAGACCCAACCUCCCCCCCCUGAGAACCGACCUCCUCCAGUCAAACAGAUUUUCCAAGGAAACAGGCGCACCUUCCAAGGACCAGGUUAUCACUCGGGCGGUCAGCGGUUUAACGGCAGCUCUCAUCACGACAGGAACGCCGGCCGCGGGAGCCACCGCUAUCAGGGUGACACUGGCUCCUCCGGCCCGUCCUCACAGCAGUCCAACAGCUCCAGAGGUCCAUCCCAUUACUCCACGUCCACCUCCCACAACCAAGACCGGCCCGCCCACAACGGGCUGCCCCAAAGGCUUCCUCGAACGCACUGCCCUUGACAUUGGAAAUCUUCUCACUCAAUCAAAACCCAUCCACUAGCCCCCAGUUCUCCCCACCUGUUCCUGUCCCUCUUCCUAACUCCCUUCAAUGAAGAAUAGUAUACAAGUUUACAUAUUUCAGUCAGUUGAGCUGUAGUGCCGCCUCUCUGCAUCAGUCUGUUCAUUCUUUGAACUUGAAAGGCUCUAACUGUCUCUUUCUUUUCAUUUCUCUCUCGGUUUUAGUGACACUUUCUAUCUUUAGCCUCCCUGUGAGAGCUCUCGCUGCUCUGCUAUUGUGGGUCUCUGUCAUUGGUUAUUACAGUGAAGCAGUGCACCAGAGACUCACAUGACUACCUGCAACAAUCUGUGCACUAUUGAAGUUGAACUCUUAGUACUUUUCCUUUCUCUAUUUUUGCUGUGGCUCUCUGAUUUGAAGCACAGAUCUUGUUUUAUUUGUUUAUUUGUCUCCAAGAACCAUUUCAAUGCCUUCACUGCUGGAAAAAAGUGUUGUGGAAAUGUAAAAGUAGUUCUAGCUUCGACAGGGUCGUUCAUCUUCGCUAGGUGAAAACGAGACAUAUCAAACUGUAAAUCAGAGCUCAACAUUUGGCUGCUACAAACUGUAGGGGAAAUUUAAUGUCGGGACAUGUUUGGACACAAAAGGAGUAGUUUAACAUUUAGAAAGGCUCUUGCUCCCUCUCUCUGCAGAUAUGAAGCUGGGUCUGGCAGCAAGUUAGCUUAGUACAGCAAAGAUGGGAAGGAACUGCUUUGUUUGCUCUCAAAUGCCUCAAUUAAAAAAAGAAAAAAACAACAAAAAACUACAAGGUAAAAGUUUCAUUAAGGGUUGAGGAAAAAGGGAGACUGGAUGUCUUUUAGCACCAUUAACAGUCAGUCAAUGAGCUGCCUCCUGCAGCUUCAUAUUUAUCUGAGUCAGUGUUUUUGCUUCACUCCGCCAGGAGUCGAGUCAGAACAUUUCCAGAAGUCUUAAACUAUUCCUUUUAAGCAGUGAUGUAUCCCACUGCCCCCAAGGGUUAUUCUGUGGGCGGUUGUCCACUAUUUUCUAACUAAGAGAGCUCAUUAGCUUGUUUUGUAAACUGCCAAUAAAGGAAGCUCCUUUGGCAUAAA